AUGUUUUCUAUACCGUCAAUACCAUACAGAAAGGAACCUCAUCCUCCAUAUUGGGGCACAAUCAACUCGCAAACCAAUUUCUGCGAAGAGGAUCAUAUCAUAACUACAUAUAUCGCCGAGUUUAUCAAUACGCUCACAAAUAUCACAUACCUUUACUACGCCUACAAAGGUAUCCGCGCGAAUUCCAACCGUCAAGAUGCCAUCCUGCGGAAUCUACCCUAUCUCGGGCUCGCAGCAGUAGGUAUUCUCAGUGCUCUGUUUCAUGCAACUAAUAAAGACUGGACACAAUGGUUCGACGACACCUCCAUGUUAAUCGCUACAUCUACUGUCGUUCAUCGAGUUUUCACAUAUGACAAAUCACUCAGAUAUACAGUUGUAACCGGAGUAUCUCUAUUUGUCUUCAUGGUUACAUUCGUAGCCUGGCACUGUAUUACUGACGAAACUCUAAUGCAUCCCGUUCUUUUCGGUAUUGAAAUCGCAUUUGUAGGCAUCAAGACACGUAGUAUCAUCAAUCUCCGCGUGGCAGAUGUAGAGGUCCAGAAACAGGUGAAGAAACUCGUUACAUAUGGAGGCGUAAUCUUCGUAUCCGGUUUCAUUCUCUGGAAUAUAGAUAAUAAGUUUUGUGAAUCUCUCACCGAUACCAAGCAUUCGUUGGGAAUGCCUUGGUCCUUUGUAUUGGAAUUGCAUGGCUGGUGGCAUAUUUUGACAGGAAUCGGUGCCUAUAUCUUUAUAGCACUAGUCGAAUACCUCACCUCCGAAGAAGCAGGCCAAAAACUAGGCAAAAGCUUCGCGUGGCCUGUGGGUUUAAUUUUGGCUGGCCGAAGAAAGGUAGCAAAAAAUUGGGACAUGGGAAAUGGAAGAGGCGAGGAGGAGAAAGGAAGGAAUGGGGAUGUGUUCUCGAAUGGAUUCGGAAAUGGACAUUUGUAUGCGAAUGGGAAGAUACAUGCGCAUGAUAGGAAUAAGAGUGAGUAG